AUGGAGGUAGGCACAUAUGACAAGGAAAUUCAGGGUCAAACUCGCGAACGUUGUCAAAAACGUACAAUUCGCGAUUCACCCAAUAUCGAUCGAAAAAGGGCUAAAUCUGCUUCCAACUCCAUUGAUAUAACUGGCGGAUUUAAUCGACUGGAAACAUCGGAUAACUCUAAAUUGAUGGAUUUCUCUAGAAUUUUUAACAACGAAUCUAUAAAUCUUGAAACUCCGAAGGACGUGAUCGAAGUGAUUAAGGGUAUGGCGAGUGCGCUAACCCUUAUUCACAACCAAAAUCAAACUUUGAUAUCCCAGGACAAAACAUUGAGCGAUAAAGUGGUGUCGUUGGAAUUAUUGGUGGGAAGUAUGGUCGAGAAAAUGCCGGCUCCAUCCUCUGUGAGAAAGAUGAAUGAUGCUCUGCCUACGGUGCAACAAUCCAAAAUCGUACUCUAA